GAAGUGAAGCUCUACAAACCAGAGUUACUCUUCUUUUCAAGCAUCAUCAGCAUAGCUUCAAGUUUGCACUGGACAGUUUUGAUUUAAGGGGUCUCGUUAAUGAGAGAUGUCUGCGGUUAUUAGAAAGAUCAUUCACACUGCAGCUGCUCCAGCCGCGAUCGGGCCCUACAGCCAGGCUGUCGUGGCGGAUCGCACAGUGUAUAUCUCAGGACAGUUGGGUAUGGAUGUUGCCUCUGGACAGCUGGUGGCAGGAGGGGUGCAGGCCCAGGCCAAACAGGCACUUAUUAACAUGGGGGAGAUUCUGAAAGCUGCCGGAUGUGGAUAUGAAAACGUUAUCAAGACAACAGUGCUGUUGGCAGACAUAAAUGACUUCAAUAACGUCAAUGAUGUUUACAAGCAAUUUUUCACCAGAAAUUUCCCAGCUAGAGCUGCCUAUCAAGUAGCUGCCCUACCCAGAGGCGGGCUUGUUGAGAUUGAAGCUGUCGCUGUAUUGGGACCCAUCACAGAUGCCUCCUGACUGUAUGACCAAAGCAUGCAUAACAAAUUGUAAAUACAGUUAUAUGGAGAAGGCCACAGCCACAAAUUAGAAAAGCAAUCACACUUACAACCUUACAUUACAUCAUGUGCAUCAACAAAGGGAAACACCAACAGAAAAACAGUUUAUUAAUUACUAAGUGAAUUUACUGUGGUUGUUAUACAGUAUCAUUACAUUCAUUUAUCUUUAAUCUUAUAAUAACAUAUGUUAUCUACAAUAACAAUGAUGCAAAACAUAGUUCAUGUUAAGCUUUAUUUUUAAACUCCUAAAAUUCUGUCAUUAUUAAAUUAGACCACACAGCAAAAUUCAACAUUUCUUCCAUUUAGAGAGAGUUCUGUUCCAUCUGCUGGCCUGUUUUUUGUUUUUUUGUUUUUUUGCAUGAAAAUAUUAGCAUACCAUGAAUAAACAAAAAUCUUGUUUAUUCAGCUACUUUAUCUAUUGUCAUUAUUGUAAAUGCAUAUAACAUGAAUUGGAGUGUUUCCAUUCAUGAUAAAGACCAGGAAUUUCAGUGGUCAUUGUAACGGUUAAUUCAUGGCUUAAAAAUAGAAUGUUUUACAAUUUUGAUAUUCUCUUUGGCCUUUUGCAUCUUGAUGCAAGGGUUCAUUAAGCUAUAAUUGGGUAUAUUUGUGGGGUAUUUGCAUUCUAUAUAUACAGAAUGCAAAUACUUGAUGUAUAUAUAGUACUGUGCAAAAGUCUUAAGCGCAUGAUAUUUUUCACAAAAACCUUUGUCUUAAAACAGUUCUUUUAUAUAUUCUACUUUGAGUGUAUCAGUAAGAAAUAUCAAUUUUAGAUUUCAACAUUCCCUUUGCAAAUAGAAUUGAAUAGAAGAAGAACAAGGAGCCCUACAACAGAUGUCAUGGCCCCCACAGAGCCCGGAUCUCAAAAUCAUUGAGUCAGUCUGAGAUUACAUAAAGAGACAGAAGCAACUGAGACAGCCUAAAUAGAUAAAAGAACUGUGGAGAAUUCUCCAAGAAGCUUGGAACAUCCUAUCUGCCAACAACUAAGAAAAACUGUGUCCAGGUGUACCUAGGAGAAUUGGUGCUGUUUUAAAGGCAAAGGUUGUCACUCCAAACUAUUAAUUUAGCUUUUUUUAUGUUUACUGGACUUUGUAUGACAUUAAGUGAUAAAUGAAAACUAUUUAUGUCAUUAUUUUUGAAGACAUCCUCACUAUGCAACAUUUUUCACAAGUGCCUAAAACUUUUGCACAGUUCUGUGUAUAUAUAUAUAAGAAAGUCUUCGAAGAUGAGUGGGUCUAUACCUUGGCAACAAGAAAGCAAUAACUGUAUACUAAAUAAACUACUGUUUCAUUGUAGUUUUAUUAAACAAUCUCAAGUGAA